UCCUAAAUCCACCGCCUCAUUGAUUUUCCUUUUCUCCCUCAGUCCCUCUCUCCCAUAAACACUUUCCUCUCUCCUCUCCUUUUUCCUCUAUCUUUCAAAACACAAAACGCAAACCCAAAACCCCUCCCUCUCACCUCCUCUCUUGAAAAAUUUUCUGAUGCAUUGAUCGCACAUCAUUUCCGUCUCUAAUGGCAGACCACUUGACCAAACUCUACCAAUCUCUCUUCGAAGAGAAGCUUCCUCCCGCCGAUCUCUUUCACAGACUCCGCUCUGAUAAUUCCAUCAAACAAGCUCUCCACCGCAUCUAUCUUAUCUUGAAACGCGCCCUUUCCACGAUCGAACCCGCCGAUGCUGCUCUUGUUACUACUAACAACAAAGAAAUUAAGUUAGGGUUCCAGUCAUGGACCGAUUUGCAGAUUCAGUCACUCAUCACCUUCGGUCUCGCCAUCGUGUCUGCUUCUAGAUCUCUGUCUGUGGAGCAAGCGGAGCCGAUCGUUAUUGCGGUUGUGCAGCAGUUGCUUGAGUUUGCCGUUUGUUAUUUGGAGAGGUCAGACUUCAGCAGCGAUGAUUCGAGUAAACAGGGUAAUGUGAUACUCCUGAUGGAAUUGGCAUUGGUUGAUGGAAUUGAUAAAGCAUCUGGCCCAUCUCAGUCUUGCUCUGUAAAUAGUCUUCUAGAACUGUUGCCAAUGGAUUCUGGUGAUUGUUGCAGCACUGAGUUGGAGAGCCACAUAAAAUGUAGUCUUCAAGAAGGUGUCAGUUGCUCAAUGGGAGAGAAACCAGUGGAUCAGCUAUUGAUGACUUUAGCAUCUGAAUGUGUUCAACCUGAGUGGCAGGCUCUUGGGUUCAGUGGUUCCAACCAAGAUUCGAACAACUUGAGUUUUUUAUCUCGGCAUUGGGCUGUUGUCCAUGUGGAUUGUACUCGUCGUCUACUUUUGUGCUUUAAAGAUCUUGUUGACUUGCUGUAUAUGCAUGAUGAGAAAAUGGGAGGUCCAGAUUUUUGCAGCAGAUUGUCCUUUGGUUUGAGGGUUUUAAAGUUACUCAGGAAUCUCAUGAAGGACAUUCCAUAUGUUGGAUAUGAUUCUUCACUGUUGCAAGAAGUUGCUUUAUGUGCAGAUGUGUUACCUAGCUUGUUUAAAAUCAGCUUUGAAUUUUCAAAUAACCAAGCUUUUGUUGAGGGUAGUGCAGACUGUCUCAUAUUGUUGCUGUUGGAGGAGUUUCUUCUUCUUGUCCAAGUUGUUUUCUGCAACAGCUGUGCGUUCCAGAAUAUACAAGUGUGUAUAGUUGCUUCUGUAUUAGACAACUUGGGUUCCUCUAUAUGGAGAUACAACAAGUCUGCUGCUAAUCCAAAGCCUCCUCUAGUAUACUUCCCUCGAUCUGUUCUUCACAUCUUGAAACUCAUUCAGGAUCUCAGGAGGCAAACAUUUCAGGCUCUUGAUUUGAAGGGCUUCGAUACAGUUCUUAUUGGCAGCUCUACUGAUAUGCUAAAUAAUUAUCCGUUAUGCCAUGCACAUUCUGAGAAGGUUCCUUUGCUUAAAAAGUUUAAAAUUGAGGACUUGUUGAAAAUUAUAUUUUCCCCUUCGACCAAGUGGAUGGACAAUCUGAUGCAUCUUCUUUUUUUCCUUUACUGUGAAGGGGUAAAAUUAAGGCCAAAAGUGGAGAGAUCACAUUCUAGCUCUUUGAGAACUAAUUGCCCUUCAGAAGUGGAAAAUGUGGUUUGUCAUGACGAUGAAGCCCUUUUUGGGAACCUGUUCUAUGAGGGUGGUCGCUCAGUGGGAUCUACUGAUGGAAAUGAUCAGCCACCAGUAACUGUCAAUCCAUGCUCCACCAAUUGCAAUAUGCCAAUGCAAGCUGCCUCCGAAUUAUUGAGUUUUCUGAAGGAGUGUGUCUUUUCUCAUGAGUGGUCUCCUUUUCUUUUUGAGGAUGGCUGCAAAAGGCUAAGGGAGAACCACAUUGAUAUAUUGCUUUCUAUACUCAACUCUCAGGUCGUUUGUUCGGAAGACAAGUCCUCUGAUAGAUGUGCGGCUUCACAUGAAGAGAGAAAGAUUGGGCAUAUCUAUGAACUUUGCUUUGAGCUAUUGCACAACCUUCUUACUUGCCGUGCAUUGUCUGAAACUCUUGAAGAGUACCUUGUUGGGAAAAUUCUGAAUGUUGAAAAUAAUGCUUUUGUUUACAAUGAUCAGACUCUAACUUUGUUAUCUCACAUCCUUUGUUCUAGGGUGGGUUUGGCUGGUAGCCAGUUGAGAGUCAAAUUGUAUGAAAGAUUUGUGGGUUUCAUUGUUGAUAAGGCAAAAACUGUUUGUACAAAGUGUCCUAGUAGCAAGGAAUUUGUUGAGACUCUUCCAUCAGCGUUUCACAUCGAGAUUCUUCUAAUGGCAUUUCACUUGUCAUCAGAAGGAGAGAAGGCAACACUUGCAAACUUAAUAUUUUCUUCGCUCCGAACAGUUGAUGCUCCAUCUGCUGGCUUUUGUGCCACACAAUUGUCAUGCUGGGCUCUAAUAGUGUCAAGGUUGAUCCUACUGCUUCGUCAUAUGAUGUUUUAUGCACAUACUUGUCCUGCAUCACUGCUUUUAGAUUUCCGGUCAAAAUUGAGGGAAGCUCCAGUUUGUGGUUCACUUCCUCCUAAUAUCAUGAAUGAUCAAGUGUCAUCUUGGGCAUCAAUUGCAGUAAAAGUUGUAUUGAGUGAAUGGGUGGAAGUGGAUCCUUCCAUCAGUGCCUUGACUAAUCAACUAAUUGAUAUUUCAGCUGUUCCUCCUUCACUUUGUAGAGAUGAAUCAACCAUUGAAUCAUUAUGCCUGAGUUGGAAUGAUAUAUGUGCAACCUUCUCAUGGAUUCUGGGGUUCUGGAAAGGCAAAAAUGCUGCAGCAGUAGAAGACCUUAUAGUUGAAAGAUAUAUGUUCUUGCUUUGUUUGGAUAUUCCAAUAAUGAGUUCUACACCAGACCAUCAGGUUUCAUUGUGGAGUGAGACACAGUCUAUUGACAUAACUAAUAUGAUGUAUUUCUUUCACUUCAGCCACUCGUUAAUAGCCCACUGUGAUAUUGGCAAGAGCAUGAAAAUUCCAGAUGUUGUACUUGGUGUGCUACAGCAUUUGUGUGCAUUGCACAUGUCAGAGGAUGUCAAGGAACUGGGCUGGGAUUUCUUGAGGAAUGGGUUUUGGUUGUCUCUGGUACUUUCCUUAUUUACUGUUGGGAUCAGCCAAUACUGCAUUAAGAAUAGAGUCCCUGGAGUGAGUCCGUUCUGGAUUGAGAAUACGGCUAGGGACAAUUUAUGUGUCACUGUUGCAGAAGGCCUGACUUCCUGCUUAAUUGAGGCUGGUCAAGUUCCAUUGCUGUUGAGGAUGUUAUCAUCUUUGCUGAACAGAUACUUACAGGUAUAUCAAAAGGCUUUCCUUACUACCCUUGGUGAUGGCCAGUGUAAUGCCAAUAGUUUUUCAUCACAGUUACUUCUCAAACACACUGGUUUUGAAAAAAGCCUUCAGGAUGAGUUCCUUAAGAAGAGUGGUGUCAGUUCAUAUCACCUAGAAUCUUAUUCUGAUUUAUUGUCAAAGUGGGAUGCUAUUGUGGACAAAAGGGCUCCUACAGUUCGAUGUAAAGUGCUUUGGGAAUGUAUGUUGCAUGGUUUUCCCUCUCAUCUUCAAACUCCAAGUGCUAUCCUUCUGUCUUGUAUUCUUAGCAUAAGAGGGAUACUAUCUGUUCUAGAUAGAUUGUUCAGACUAGAUGAUCUCAGAGAAAGUAUUUGCAAGGAGAGGGUUGUACUUUGCCAGAUUCUGAGUUCAGUAAUGAUAAUUAAAUUUGAUAGAAUCUUUGAAAGCAUUCAAGGAAAAUGUGAGGCUAUUGUUAGAAACCUGAGUUCUGGGUUUUCACUGUCAGAUUAUUCUGAUCUAUUUCUAAUGAAACACAUGGAAGGGUUUCUAAGAGAAAUCAAUGCCAGUGGUGAGCAUGAUAGCAGUACACUUGAAUGGGUAAUCACUAAGAUUAUUGAUACUGCUGAUAGCCUCAGGAAAGACCCAUUGAAAACUGCAAUCUUCAAAUUUUAUCUUGGUGUAGAAGAUGUGUCCAAACCAGACGAGUUCUAUGAGUUGCUACGUGGUGAUUUGUUAGUUCUAUUGGACUCUCUGGAUAAUUGUUCAUCAGAAUCAGUAAAUGGAAAGGUGCUUAAUUUCUUUGUUGAUCUCUUAUUAGGUGACUUUUGUCCAAAUCUCAAACAGAAGAUACAAAAAAAAUUUUUUGGGAUGGAUAUACUUCGUCUGUCCAAAUGGUUGGAGAAGCGGCUGUUAGGUUGUGUUGUGGAAGCUUCAGGUGGAGCUGGCUGUGUGAAGGGGAAUUCUGUUUUUCUCAGAGAAACAACUACAAGUUUUAUCUUGUCUCUUGUCUCCUCUGCUUCUGAAAUGCACUUGACAGAACUAAACAAUCAUUUGUUUGAAGCUGUGCUUGCUUCACUUGACACUGCAUUUUUGCUAUUUGAUGUUCAUAUUGCCAAAUCGUAUUUCCAAUUUGUUGUUCAACUUUCUAGAGGAGAAUAUUUAAUGAAAUUGCUUUUGACAAGGACUGUAAUGUUGAUGGAGAAGCUGGCUGUGGAUGAUCGCCUACUUCCAGGGCUGAAAUUUCUAUUUGGCUUUUUUGGCAAUGUCUUGAGUGAUUCUGGGUCUUGUAAGAACGCCUUGGAGAAGACUUCAGGGAAAUCUUUAUCUGGCAGUAAUCUUGGCAAAGGUGCUGUUGCUUUAAAGCCAAUAGGAUCAAGGAAGAAUUCUGAUUCUGUGGUUCUUUCUGCAAGUCAAGAAGGGGGGUCUGCAGCUGUUGAAUGUGAUGCAACAUCUGUGGAUGAAGAUGAGGAUGAUGGAACAUCUGAUGGUGAGGUAGCUAGCAUAGAUAAGGAUGAGGAUGAUGAUGCUAACAGUGAAAGGACUCUUGCCUCAAAGGUUUGCACAUUUACAUCCAGUGGCAGCAAUUUUAUGGAACAACAUUGGUACUUCUGUUAUACUUGUGAUCUGACCGUAACAAAAGGAUGUUGCUCUGUGUGUGCAAAAGUCUGUCAUCAUGGUCAUCGUGUUGUUUAUUCUCGCUCAAGUCGAUUCUUUUGCGACUGUGGAGCUGGUGGUGUUAGGGGUAGCAAUUGCCAAUGCUUGAAGCCUCGAAAAUUCACUGGAAGCGACAGUGCACCCAUGCGCAGUGCUAGCAAUUUUCAAUCGUUUUUGCCCUUCUCGGAGGAUGCAGAUCAGUUGCCAGAGAGUGAUUCUGAUCUGGAUGAGGAUCUCUCUUCAGAUACAGAUAACUUACUUAGGUUAUCUAUUCCAAGAGAGCUUCAAGUUGGGGUGACAGCAUUGCUUGAAGAACUUGAUGUUGAGGGUCGGAUGCUUCGACUUUGCUCUUCACUGCUGCCUUCUAUAACAAGCAAAAGAGGAUCAAAUCUUUCCAAAGAUAAGAAAAUAAUUCUAGGCAAGGACAAAGUGCUUUCUUACGGUGUUGAGCUGUUGCAGUUGAAAAAAGCUUAUAAAGGUGGGUCAUUAGACCUGAAAAUAAAGGCUGAUUAUCCAAAUGCCAAGGAGCUCAGAUCUCAUUUGGCUAGUGGUUCUCUUGUGAAAUCUUUGCUCAGUGUCAGUAACCGAGGUCGACUUGCUGUUGGAGAAGGUGACAAAGUUGCUAUUUUCGAUGUUGGGCAAUUAAUUUGUCAGGCCACCAAUGCACCAGUAACGGCAGACAAGACCAAUGUUAAACCUCUUUCAAGAAAUGUUGUUCGCUUUGAAAUUGUACAUCUUACUUUCAAUGCGGUAGUUGAGAAUUAUCUUGCUGUAGCAGGGUAUGAAGAUUGCCAGGUUCUUACUUUAAAUCCUCGUGGUGAAGUGACUGAUCGUCUUGCAAUUGAGCUGGCUUUGCAAGGUGCAUACAUCAGACAGAUUUGUUGGGUUCCAGGUUCCCAGGUGAAGUUAAUGGUGGUGACUAACAGGUUUAUCAAGAUAUAUGAUCUAUCUCAGGACAACAUUAGUCCUCUGCACUACAUCACGUUACCUGAUGAUGUAAUUGUUGACGCAACACUUCUUAUGGCUUCUCAGGGGAGAAUGUUUCUUAUUGUUCUUUCUGAGCAAGGGAGCCUUUUCAGAUUAGAAUUGUUUGUGGAGGGUAAUGUUGGGGCCACCCCAUUGAAGGAAAUUAUUCCGAUUCAGGACAGAGAAAUUAAUGCAAAGGGAUCAUCUUUGUACUUCUCUUCCACUUACAAAUUACUGUUCAUAUCCUAUCAAGAUGGCACUACUUUGAUGGGUCAACUAAGCCUAGAUGCAACAUCUCUAACUGAGAUGUCUUUCGUAUAUGAGGAUGAACAAGAUGGCAAGAUGCGAUCAGCUGGUCUGCAUCGAUGGAGAGAAUUGCUGGCGGGCAGUGGGUUAUUUGUUUGUUUUUCCAGUGUGAAGUCAAAUGCUGCACUUGCUGUAUCCAUGGGACCUCAUGAAUUACAUGCACAGAGCAUGCGGCAUGCUGUAAGCUCAACCUCGCAUUUAGUUGGGUUAAUUGCUUACAAGCCUCUGUCCAAAGACAAGAUCCACUGUCUCGUUUUACAUGAUGAUGGAAGCCUUCAGAUAUACUUGCACAUCCCUGCAGGAUCUGAUGAUGGUGCAAGUUUGACUGCUGAGAAAGUAAAGAAUUUGGGUUCUGGCAUUCUCAAUAAUAAAGCUUAUGCUGGGAUAAAACCAGAAUUCCCUGUGGAUUUCUUCGAGAAAACAGUCUGCAUCACAGCUGAUGUAAAACUUGGUGGUGAUGCCAUUAGAAAUAGUGACUCUGAAGCUGCAAAACACAGCUUGACGUCAGAUGAUGGCUUUUUGGAAAGCCCCAGCGCUGCGGGCUUUAAGAUAUCUGUCUCCAAUUCAAAUCCUAAUAUUGUCAUGGUCGGUUUUCGUGUGCACGUGGGUAACACUUCAGCAAACCACAUUCCUUCUGAUAUUACCAUUUUUCAGAGGGUAAUUAAGUUAGAUGAAGGCAUGCGGUCCUGGUAUGAUAUUCCAUUUACUGUAGCUGAAUCGCUCCUUGCGGAUGAAGAAUUUGUGAUUUCUGUUGGGCCUACCUUCAAUGGCACUACAUUUCCCAGAAUUGACUCUCUUGAAGUAUAUGGUCGAGCUAAAGAUGAAUUUGGGUGGAAGGAGAAGAUGGAUGCUGUAUUGGAUAUAGAAGCUCGUGUACUUGGUUCCAAUUCUUUGCUUGGAGGAUCUGGGAAAAAGUGCCAGUCAGUGCAGUCUGCUCCUAUUCAGGAGCAGGUUGUAGCAGAUGGUCUCAAGCUUCUAUCCAGGUUAUAUUCAUUGUGUAGAUCCCAAGAUGAUGAUGUAAAAAUGGAGCCGAGUGAACUCAAGUGCAAGCCACUGUUAGAAACAAUAUUUGAAAGUGACAGAGAGCCCUUGUUACAGGCUGCUGCUUGCCGUGUUUUGCAGUCUGUUUUCCCUAAGAAAGAGAGAUAUUGCCAGGUUAAAGAUGCUAUGCGCCUUCAUGGGGUGGUUAAAUCAACCUCAAUGCUAUCGUCAAGGCUAGGAGCUGGUGAAACUACAGGAGGGUGGAUGGUUGAAGAAUUUACUGCUCAGAUGCGUGCUGUAUCUAAGAUUGCAUUGCACCGUCGUUCUAAUUUAGCCCUUUUUCUUGAGAUGAACGGUUCUGAAGUGGUGGAUGGACUCAUGCAAGUUCUAUGGAGAAUUUUGGAGUUUGAGCAACCGGACACUCAAACUAUGAACAACAUUGUUAUAUCUUCUGUGGAGCUUAUUUAUUGUUAUGCUGAAUGUCUGGCUUUACAUGGAAAAGACACAGUGGGACGCACUGUUGCUCCUGCUGUUGUAUUGUUAAAGAAACUUCUGUUCUCUUCCAAUGAGGCUGUUCAAACUUCCAGCAGCCUUGCUAUAUCAUCAAGAUUACUCCAGGUUCCAUUCCCGAAGCAAACAAUGUUAGCAACAGAUGAUGCUGUGGAUAGUGCUGUUUCAGCUUCUGGUUCUGCCGAGGCAACUAGUGGAAACACACAAGUCAUGAUUGAAGAAGAUUCUAUUACAUCAUCUGUUCAAUAUUGUUGUGAUGGAUGCUCCACCGUUCCUAUACUCAGGCGAAGAUGGCAUUGUACCGUCUGUCCUGAUUUUGACUUAUGUGAGGCUUGUUAUCAAGAAUUAGACGCAGAUCGGCUGCCAGCACCCCAUUCUAGGGAUCAUCCUAUGACAGCUAUUCCAAUUGAAGUGGAAUCAUUAGGAGGAGAAGGCAAUGAAAUUCAUUUCUCCACUGAUGAUGCAAAUGAUUCAAACUUGAUGCCAAUCACUGCAGAUGUGAGUGUGCAGAACUCUGCUCCUUCCAUUCAUGUCUUGGAAUCUGGAGAGUACUCUGCCUCGGUGGCUGAUACAGUCUCUAUUUCUGCUUCAAAACGAGCUGUGAAUUCCUUGCUUCUCUCUGAACUUCUUGAACAGUUGAAGGGAUGGAUGCAGACCACCACUGGUGUUCGUGCUAUCCCUAUCAUGCAGUUGUUCUAUAGAUUAUCAUCUGCUGUGGGUGGACCUUUCAUAGAUAGCUUUAAGCCUGAGGCCUUGGAUUUAGAGAAAUUGAUUCAGUGGUUUUUGGUUGAAAUUGAUCUCAAUAAACCUUUUGUUGCCAAAACCCGUUCUUCUUUUGGGGAAGUUGCAAUCCUUGUUUUCAUGUUCUUCACUUUGAUGCUCCGAAAUUGGCACCAGCCUGGUAGUGAUGGUUCUAUUCCAAAAUCAAGUGGACCUGCAGACUCGCAUGAUAAGAAUGUUAUCCAGGUUAGCUCAGUUGCCUCUCAGUCUUCCUUGGAUGGUCAAGAGAAAAAUGACUUUACAUCACAGCUGCUUCGUGCUUGCAACACUCUCAGGAAUCAAGCAUUUGUUAAUUAUCUGAUGGAUAUUCUGCGGCAGCUAGUGGAUGUUUUUAAGUCCCCUAAUGCUAAUUUUGAAGCCACACAUGGUAUGCAUGCUGGUUCUGGAUGUGGGGCUCUAUUAACAGUUAGGAGAGAUUUACCAGCUGGUAAUUUCUCUCCAUUUUUUUCAGAUUCAUAUGCAAAAGCCCAUCGAGUUGAUAUUUUUAUGGACUACCAUAGGCUAUUAUUGGAGAAUGCUUUCCGACUGGCAUACACUUUGGUUAGACCAGAAAAGCAAGACAAGACUGGGGAGAAGGAGAAGUUGUACAAGAUUUCUUCAGGGAAAGAUUUGAAAUUAGAUGGAUAUCAGGAUGACCUUUGUAGUUACAUAAAUAAUCCUCAUACUACAUUUGUAAGAAGAUAUGCAAGGAGGUUGUUUCUGCAUCUUUGUGGAAGUAAAACUCACUAUUAUAGUGUUAGAGACUCUUGGCAAUUCUCCACUGAGAUGAAGAAACUUUACAAACACACAAAUAAAUCUGGUGGCCUUCAAAAUCCUGUGCCAUAUGAGAGAAGUGUGAAGAUAGUGAAGUGCUUAUCGACAAUGGCUGAGGUGGCUGCUGCACGGCCUCGAAAUUGGCAGAAAUAUUGUUCUAGGCAUGGAGAUGUUUUCUCCUUCUUGAUGAAUGCAGUGUUUUACUUUGGUGAAGAGUCCGUUAUUCAGACUCUCAAACUUUUAAAUUUGGCCUUCUAUUCAGGAAAGGAUAUGACCCAAUCCUUGCAGAAACUUGAAGUGGGGGAGUCAGGGACAAGUUCAAACAAAUCAGGGGCACAGUCAUUAGAUUCAAAGAAGAAGAAGAAAGGCGAAGUGGGAACUGAAUCUGGGUUGGAGAAAUCUUAUAUGGACAUGGAGUCUGCUGUUGAUAUCUUUACUGACAAGGGCGGUGAUGUUUUGAGGCAAUUUGUUGACUGCUUUUUACUGGAAUGGAAUUCAAGCUCUGUGCGCACAGAAGCUAAAUUUGUUCUUUAUGGUGCAUGGCAUCAUGGGAAACAUUCAUUCAAGGAAACAAUGUUAAUGACUUGCUUGCAGAAAGUGAAAAACCUGCCAAUGUAUGGUCAGAACAUUGUUGAGUUCACUGACUUGGUCACUUGGUUACUGGGGAAAGUCCCUGAUUCUAGUUCAAAGCAGCAGACCACUGAACUUGUGGAUCGUUGCUUGACCCCUGAUGUAAUUAGGUGCAUCUUUGAGACACUUCAUUCACAAAAUGAGCUUAUUGCUAAUCAUCCAAAUUCUCGCAUAUAUAAUACUUUGAGUGGUAUUGUGGAAUUUGAUGGUUACUAUCUGGAGAGUGAACCUUGUGUUGCCUGCAGCUCUCCUGAGGUACCUUAUAGCAAGAUGAAGCUAGAAAGCUUGAAGUCUGAGACUAAGUUCACUGACAAUCGCAUCAUAGUGAAGUGUACUGGAAGUUACACCAUCCAAACCGUGACAAUGAAUGUUCAUGAUGCACGCAAGUCCAAAUCUGUGAAAGUCUUGAAUCUGUAUUACAACAAUCGGCCUGUGGCUGACUUGUCAGAGUUGAAAAACAAUUGGUCCUUGUGGAAGCGUGCUAAGAGUUGUCAUCUUGCUUUCAACCAGACUGAGCUAAAAGUGGAGUUUCCUAUUCCAAUCACUGCUUGUAACUUCAUGAUUGAACUAGAUUCUUUCUAUGAAAAUCUUCAGGCUCUAUCGCUUGAACCAUUGCAAUGCCCGCGUUGCAGUCGACCUGUCACUGAUAGGCAUGGAAUUUGCAGCAAUUGCCAUGAGAAUGCAUAUCAGUGCAGGCAAUGCCGCAACAUAAAUUAUGAGAAUUUAGAUUCUUUCCUGUGCAAUGAGUGUGGGUUCAGCAAAUAUGGCCGUUUCGAGUUUAACUUCAUGGCUAAGCCUAGUUUUACAUUUGACAACAUGGAGAAUGAUGAUGAUAUGAAGAGGGGAUUGGCUGCCAUUGAAUCAGAAUCAGAAAAUGCUCAUAGGAGAUACCAGCAACUUUUGGGCUUUAAAAAGCCCCUUCUUAAGAUUGUGUUGAGCAUUGGUGAGAAUGAAAUGGAUUCACAGCAGAAGGACUCCAUCCAGCAAAUGAUGGUCUCUCUGCCUGGACCUUCAUGUAAGAUAAACAGAAAGAUUGCUCUUCUUGGUGUCUUGUAUGGUGAAAAGUGCAAAGCUGCUUUUGAUUCUGUCAGCAAAAGUGUUCAGACAUUGCAGGGCCUUCGUCGGGUUUUGAUGAGUUACUUGCACCAGAAACAUUCAGAUGAUGCAAUUGCAGCAUCCAGAUUUGUGUUUUCCAGGUCUCCAAAUAAUUGCUAUGGCUGUGCAACUACAUUUGUAACACAGUGUUUGGAGAUGUUGCAGGUUCUUUCAAAGCAUCCUAAUUCAAAGAAACAACUUGUUGCAGCUGGCAUCUUAUCUGAGUUGUUUGAAAAUAAUAUUCAUCAAGGUCCUAAAACAACUCGUGUCCAAUCAAGGGCAGUACUUUGUGCUUUCUCUGAAGGUGAUAUAACUGCAAUAACUGAGUUGAACAGUUUAAUACAGAAGAAAGUCAUGUACUGUCUUGAACAUCAUCGCUCGAUGGACAUUGCCCUUGCCACUCGUGAGGAGCUUUUACUGCUUUCAGAAGUGUGUUCCUUGGCUGAUGAGUUCUGGGAAUCAAGAUUGCGUGUUGUUUUCCAGCUGUUAUUUUCAUCCAUCAAAUUGGGUGCAAAACAUCCUGCAAUAGCUGAGCAUAUAAUUCUUCCUUGUCUGAGAAUCAUAUCUCAGGCAUGCACUCCUCCAAAACCAGAUACAGUAGACAAAGAGCAGGGUAUUGGAAAAUCUGCUUCUGCGGGACAGCUAAAGGAUGAAAACAACUCGAAUACAUCUGGAUCUUUUGGUGGAGUUGUCGGUGGAAUUAAGUUAACACCAGAACCUUUGGAAAAAAAUUGGGAUGCUUCUCACAGGACUCAGGAUAUUCAAUUGCUGAGUUAUUCUGAGUGGGAGAAGGGAGCAUCAUACAUUGAUUUUGUAAGAAGGCAGUACAAAGUGUCUCAAGCAAUCAAAGGGGCUGGCCAGAGAUCUCGGCCCCAGAGACAUGAAUACCUGGCUCUCAAAUAUGCUCUCAGGUGGAGAAGGCGUGCUUGUAAGACAUCUAAGGGUGAUUUAUCCACAUUUGAGCUUGGGUCUUGGGUGACAGAACUUGUUUUGAGUGCUUGCUCCCAAUCUAUUAGGUCAGAGAUGUGCAUGCUGAUUAGUUUACUUUGUGCCCAGAGUUUAUCAAGACGGUUUCGGUUGUUAAACUUACUUAUGGCUUUGCUACCUGCAACCCUGGCUGCUGGUGAAAGUGCAGCUGAAUACUUUGAAUUGCUGUUCAAGAUGAUUGAUUCAGAAGAUGCUCGUCUCUUCUUGACUGUGCGGGGAUGUCUAACUACAAUAUGUAAACUCAUUACUCAAGAAGUUGGUAGUGUUGAAUCUUUUGAAAGGAGUCUACAUAUUGAUAUUUCACAAGGAUUCAUUCUUCACAAGCUUAUUGAACUCCUUGGCAAAUUUUUAGAGGUUCCCAAUGUUAGAUCCAGAUUUAUGCGAGACAAUUUGCUGUCUGAUAUCCUUGAGGCUCUUAUUGUCAUUCGUGGCUUAGUAGUACAGAAGACAAAGUUGAUCAGUGAUUGCAAUCGCCUUCUAAAUGAUCUUUUAGACAGUCUUCUGCUUGAAAGUAGUGAAAAUAAACGACAGUUUAUCCGAGCUUGUAUUUGUGGGCUACAAAUCCAUGGAGAGGAGAGAAAAGGACGAACUUGUUUGUUUAUUCUGGAGCAGCUUUGCAAUUUGAUCUGCCCAUCAAAACCAGAGUCCGUAUAUUUGUUGGUUCUAAAUAAGGCACACACACAGGAAGAAUUUAUCAGAGGAUCAAUGACGAAAAAUCCAUAUUCCAGUGCUGAGAUUGGUCCUCUGAUGCGUGAUGUGAAAAACAAAAUUUGCCAUCAAUUGGAACUGGUAGGCCUUCUUGAAGAUGACUAUGGCAUGGAGUUGUUGGUAGCUGGGAAUAUUAUCUCUCUUGAUUUGAGCAUUGCUCAAGUUUAUGAGCAAGUCUGGAAGAAGUCAAAUGGUCAAGCUUCAAAUGCAAUGGCCAAUUCUACCUUGUUAUCCUCAAGUGGCAUGACAUCAGCCAGAGAUUGCCCACCUAUGACAGUGACUUACAGGCUUCAGGGAUUAGAUGGUGAAGCUACUGAGCCCAUGAUUAAAGAACUAGAGGAAGAUAGGGAGGAAUCUCAAGAUCCAGAGGUUGAGUUUGAAAUAGCUGGAGCAGUUCGAGAAUAUGGUGGGCUUGAAAUUCUGUUAGGCAUGAUUCAGCGCUUAAGAGAUGAUUUCAAGUCCAACCAGGAACAGUUGGUUGCAGUUCUUAAUCUCCUUAUGCAUUGCUGCAAGAUAAGAGAGAAUAGACGGGCCCUGUUAAGGCUCGGAGCUUUAGGUCUUCUUCUUGAAACAGCAAGGCGUGCCUUCUCUGUGGAUGCCAUGGAGCCAGCAGAAGGUAUUCUUUUGAUUGUUGAGAGCCUAACAUUAGAGGCAAAUGAGAGCCAUAAUAUUAGCAUCACACAGAGUGCUCUUACUGUCACUAGUGAGGAAACUGGUACAGGAGAACAGGCCAAAAAAAUAGUACUUAUGUUCUUGGAAAGAUUGUGCCACCCUUCAGGCCUUAAAAAGUCUAACAAACAGCAGAGGAACACUGAGAUGGUUGCUAGAAUCUUGCCUUAUCUGACUUAUGGUGAACCUGAUGCAAUGGAAGCACUUAUUCAGCACUUCAACCCAUACCUGCAAGAUUGGAUGGACUUUGACCAGUUGCAGAAACAUCAUGAAGACAACCCAAAAGAUGAGAACAUUGCUCAAAAAGCAGCUGAGCAGAGGUUUACUGUGGAAAAUUUUGUUAGAGUAUCUGAAUCACUCAAGACAAGUUCCUGUGGGGAACGGUUGAAGGACAUCAUCUUAGAGAAAGGUAUCACAGAUGUUGCUAUCAAACAUCUAAGUGAGAGUUUUGCCGUCGCAGGGCAGGCUGGGUUUAAAUCUAGAGCAGAAUGGUUGUCAGGUUUGAAAUUGCCGUCUGUCCCACAUAUAUUGUCUAUGCUUAGGGGAUUGUCAAUGGGGCACUUGGCCACUCAGAGAUGUAUUGAUGAGGGAGGGAUCUUAGCACUGCUCCAUGCUUUGGAAGGAGUUGCUGGAGAAAAUGAGAUUGGUGCUAGAGCUGAAAACUUGUUAGAUACACUAUCUAACAAGGAAGGAAAAGGAGAUGGGUUUUUGGAAGAGAAAGUGCGCAAGUUGCGCCAUGCCACUAGGGAUGAAAUGCGGCGUCGGGCUUUGAGGAGGAGAGAGGAGUUACUUAAGGGUCUUGGAAUGCGACAAGAACUGGCUUCAGAUGGUGGUGAGAGAAUUGUUGUUGCUCAGCCAAUCCUGGAAGGUUUGGAAGAUGUAGAGGAGGAGGAAGAUGGGUUGGCAUGCAUGGUAUGCAGAGAGGGAUAUAGCCUGAGACCUACCGACUUACUGGGAGUUUACUCAUACAGCAAGCGUGUGAAUCUAGGUGUUGGCACUUCAGGGAGUGCUCGUGGGGAGUGUGUUUACACCACUGUCAGUUAUUUCAAUAUUAUUCAUUUCCAAUGUCAUCAGGAAGCCAAAAGAGCAGAUGCUGCUCUGAGGAACCCUAAGAAAGAGUGGGAGGGUGCUACACUCAGAAACAAUGAAUCUCUAUGCAAUUCCUUAUUCCCUGUUAGAGGACCAUCUGUUCCACUAGCACAGUAUAUCCGCUAUGUAGACCAAUACUGGGAUAACCUCAGUGGCCUAGGACGUGCUGAUGGGAGCCGGCUCCGGCUGUUGACUUAUGACAUUGUUUUGAUGCUAGCUCGAUUUGCAACGGGGGCAUCAUUUAGUGCAGAAAGUAGAGGUGGUGGAAGCGAAAGCAACUCUCGUUUCCUACCUUUUAUGAUCCAAAUGGCUCGUCACCUGCUUGAACAAGGAAGCCCAUCCCAGCGCCACAGCAUGGCCAAGGCUGUGUCAUCAUAUAUGUCCUCAUCCUCGUUGGAUUCCAGACCUACUCCAGCGACACAUCCUGCUCCAGGAACUGAAGAAACUGUCCAAUUUAUGAUGGUGAAUUCACUUCUGUCCGACUCUUACGAGUCAUGGUUGCAACACCGCCGUUCUUUCCUGCAACGGGGAAUAUACCAUGCAUACAUGCAGCACACUCAUGGCCGAUCAACAUCUAAGACAUCAUCUACUUCGACUGGCAUGGUCAGGAUAGAGUCAGGAGUUACCAGCAGAAGCCCCACAACAGAAACGGGGGAUGGUGAUGAGCUACUGUCUAUUGUUCGACCUAUGCUUGUCUACACAGGCUUGAUUGAGCAGUUGCAGCGCUUCUUCAAGGUCAAAAAAUCAUCAAACAUGCCAGCUAUAAGAGCAGAAGGAACUUCUACGGCAUCAGAAGGGGAAGAUGAGAGUGGAAGUUUGGAAGUUUGGGAGGUGGUAAUGAAGGAACGGCUGUUAAAUGUGAGAGAAAUGGUGGGGUUCUCCCAGGAAUUGCUGUCUUGGCUUGAUGAGAUGAAUUCUGCUGCCGAUUUGCAGGAGGCUUUUGAUAUUAUCGGUGUUCUUGCUGAUGUCUUAUCUAGUGGAAUUUCACGGUGUGAGGACUUUGUGCAUGCAGCAAUAAAUGCAGGGAAAAGCUAAGGCAUCUAACCAAGUCAGGAGCACGGUAUGUGUUCUGGUACAUCAUCCUGUUGGCUGGUCUCAGCAAUCAUGUUACCAGAUAUGCUUUCUUUGUCUGAAAGUAAUAAUGGUUGUGUUGUGUUAUAUUCCCAUGAACAUGGGGGUUUCCAUCUCCCUAUAUAUGAUAAUGUACGAUCAAAUAUAUGUUGGAAAACAUUUUGCUCCUGGGUUAUGAAAUCACUUUCCUUCA